AUGCGCCCCAAAGAGCAGGGACAGGGCUGCACUGGGGAUGGGCCGGGGUCCGGUUCCGGGCCCGGUUCCGGGGACCCAGUAGCAGUCGCCCCCGCGCCCCCGCCGGUAGCCAGUCCUGCUCCAGAGCCGGAGCCCGUCCCCACGCAGGCAUCCGGCGCUGGACCGGGAGCAGGUUCCCGAGCAGCCUCGGGAUCCCAACCCGGAUCUCGCCCGGCUUCCCAGGCUGGAGCCAAGGCGGGAGCCCAGCGCCCGUCUGGUCAGUCUGUGCCUGAUAACUCGGAUGCGCCGUGGACCCGCUUCGUAUUCCAAGGGCCCUUUGGUCCCAGGGCUACUGGCCUGGGGACUGGAAAGGCGGCGAGCAUCUGGAAGACCCCUGCCGCCUACAUUGGCAGGCGUCCUGGGGUGUCGGGCCCUGAGCGCGCCGCAUUUAUUCGAGAGCUGGAGGAAGCUCUCUGUCCUAACCCACCUCCAGUCAAGAAGAUCACCCAAGAAGACAUCAAAGUGAUGUUAUAUUUGCUGGAGGAGAGAGAGCGGGACCUGAAUACAGCAGCUCGCAUCGGCCAGUCCCUGGUGAAACAGAACAGUGUUUUGAUGGAGGAGAAUAGCAAGCUGGAAGCCAUGCUGGGCUCAGCCAGGGAGGAGAUUUUACACCUCAGACAUCAGGUGAACCUGCGGGAUGACCUCCUUCAGCUCUACUCAGACUCUGAUGAUGAGGAUGAGGAUGAGGAUGAAGAUGAAGAAGAGGAGGAGGAAGGGGAGGAGGAAGAGGAGGAGGAAGAGGAGGAACCAGAGGAACAUGAAGGACAGGAAGAUCGGCAGCAUGACCAUCCCUAUGAUGCCCGCAAGCCGACCCCUCAGGAGGAGUCGCUGCACCACUGCCCACAGCUGGAAGCCCUGCAGCAGAAGCUGAGGAUGCUGGAGGAGGAGAACGACCAGCUGAGAGAGGAGGCCUCUCAGCUGGACACCCUGGAGGAUGAGGAGCAGAUGCUCAUUCUGGAAUGUGUGGAGCAGUUUUCCGAGGCCAGCCAGCAGAUGGCUGAGCUGUCAGAGGUGCUGGUGCUCAGACUGGAGAACUAUGAACGGCAGCAGAAGGAGAUUACCCAGCUGCAGGCCCAGAUUGCGAAGCUGCAGCAGCGCUGCCAGUCGUAUGGGGCUGAGACCGAGAAGCUGCAGCAUCAGCUGGCCUCGGAGAAGGGAAUCCACGUGCACCCCCAGGAAGAGCUGCAGGACCUGCGGGAGAAGUAUGCGGAUUGUGGAGGCGUACUGUUCGAGUGCCCGGCGGAGGUGAAGACCCUCCGCCAACACCCUGCAGCGCCCCCUGGCUCUGUCACCCACUAUACGUACAGUGUGCCUCUGGAGGCAAUUCCAAGUCUCCCAGAGACCCUGGCUGAGGAGCUCAGAACGUCUCUAAGGAGGAUCAUCUCGGACCCUGCAUAUUUUAUGGAAAGGAAUUAUGGGAUGCCUGCAGGGGAGACAUCAAACCUGGGAUAUGAUCCUCGCUACAGGGAGGCGCGAGAGCAGGAGCAGGAUUUCGAGGCUGAGCAGGGCCUGCUGCCUGCAGAGAAUCUCAUGCCACCGGAAGACUUCGAGCCUGCAGAGGAGUUGGUGCCUGAGGAGGAGCUGGGGGCCACGGAGGAGGUGGGGCCAGCUGAGGAAGGACUGACGGAAGAGGCCGAGCUGGUGUCCGAGGAGACUGAGGCUUGGGAGGAGGUGGAGCCUGAGCUGGAUGAGGCCACACGGAUGAAUGUGGUGACCUCAGCCCUGGAGGCCAGUGGCCUGGGCCCUUCUCACCUGGACAUGAAGUAUGUCCUCCAGCAACUGGCCAACUGGCAAGAUGCCCAUUACAGGCGGCAGCUGAGGCAGAAGAUGCGCCAGAAAAGUGAGUGCUCCCGCGAGGGCCUCCCUGCCACCAGCCGGACAAGCUGCAGAUCGUCAAGCCGAUGAGAGGUGAGGGUAGGUGAGCCUCCAAGUGCUCACUUACCCCAUCCUGGUCCCACCCAGCGUGCUGAUUUGCAUGGACUUUGCGUAUCAUUUGCAUAGGCACCUCAGGUCUCUCUCAAGGGGGACUGUGGCCCUGAUGCUCAUUUUGUGGAAUCUGCUUAGAAAUUCAGCUUUCCACCCACUUUCCUCCUGCAGGCUGGACUGGGGGUCAGGGCUGGGACUGUAUCCCCCAGUGCUCCUCAGCUUCCUAUCUGCCCACCCCUCCGCAUCCUCCAUCCCACCCCCUCCAUCCCCAAGGCUCCCCAGAGGCCUGUAAUAGCAGGCCGAAACAAACAUGGGGGCGUGAUUGUGCAGUAGCGGCCCAGGCUGCCCACCCAGGACUCGAGGCUGGAGGAGGACAGGGCCAGCCACCCUCCCAGGGCCUGGGAGGAAGAGGGGCCUUCUGGGGCCACCUAGGUCAUUGAGAUGAAGGCCUCCACCAGCCAGGGCUAUAGUUGGAGAAGUUCCCUGGGUGAGUCUGGAGGUGGGCUGGGAUACCUGCAGGAUGGUGGGUGGGUCAGGGUCCCCUCUCCCCAGUUAGAAAGCCCACAUUUGGGGAGCUACACCUGCUCAGUGAGGGCCUUCCGGGCCCAGCUGUAAGGAGUUCUCAGUGAGAUUGAUGGUGGCCUAUGACACUCAGCACGUCGGGCACCUGUGUUAGCUCCUUUAAUGCUCACACCCCUGUAGGUAGGCGUUAUUGUCCCUGUUUGUUAGGUGAGGAAACUGAGAGUCAGAGAACUAAAGUGACUUGUUGAAGGUCAUGCAGCUAGGAGUCGCUCUGAGCCCAGUCCCUGCUAUGCGCAAUGGAGAUCUGAGUUCACUUACACAGCAUCUUUCCUGGUCCCACGUUCCCCUCAGAUGUGGCUCCGGUGCCCCACUUGUCCUGGUGGGUCAACCCUGUUUGUAACUUGUUGGCAGCCUUCCUCUAUCUGGUCUGCCACCCCUCUGAUGGCCCUUUGACCAUCAGUGGGCAGAACAGGAUUGACCUCAGCAGGGCCACUGUGGAGGGUUGUGCAGUUUGCAAACUGAUUCGUGACUUCUGUGAUGGCAUAACUCUCCACGGUGGCUUUCUGUUUUCUAAUACAGCUGACCAGACCCUACCUGCUGCCCACGCCGGGCUGGUGGUGGUCAGCCCCCCGGUUCACAUCCACUCUCUUCUCUCCCGGGCUUUGCUGUUUCCCAGCAGCCUGUAGAGUCCCCUCCUUCUGCUGCCUGGCUGAGUCCCACCCACCCCAGGCCCUCCUUCUACUCUGCUGAAAUGGGUUCCCAUGUCUGUCACCAGCCUAUCAAGCCCUUUUCUGGGACAGGCUGAAGGAACUCCAGCCCUUGUUCUGCAGCUGGUGCAAAAGCUGUGGCUGCUGGGCCUGGAUCCUGUGGUGGCCCUGGGGGUGAAGGAAGCCCGGGGGAAGCUGGCCCCCUGCCAGACCCAGCUCUGAGAUGGGUGGGACCGAGUUGGGGACAGAGGUUCAGAUCCCAAAUGCAGGCAGUUGUUGGGAGUACCCUCCUAACAGCAUGCUCUUCAUUCCUUGACCCCCGAAUUAAAGGUGGUCCCCAAGUCCUUGUUGACGUUUAGGGACCUGACUCUUCUUCCGUCCUUCAUCCUUUCUUCUCAGUCCUUAUUACUGUGUGUAACCAGAAGUGUGCCUGUGUGUGGGUGGGUGAGGGUCCCUCUAGCCAGCGAUGUGUCACCCCUGCUCUGCCACCACCUGUGGCUGUGAGUGUCCAGGCUCCCUGCCCCAGGCCCAGGGCCUCUCUCCUGAGGUCCUUCUUUGGUGCCCCUUGUUUCUUUGUUCUGGUUGUUCUGCCCUUUCCUGCCCUCCUGCUUAUAAACAGCUGGGGUCUGGCGCUCAGGAUCCCAGGCGGGCCUGUCCUGCCUCCCACCACGCUUCUCAGUCUCGUUGCUUGUCAGCCUGUGUAUGUGCCGGAGCAGGAAAUAAAGAACCCGUGUGCU